CGUUCCGCGAAGCUGAAAUUUUGGCGCCGCGUAAAAACGGAUACAAACUACCGACAGAUGAUGUUAUAAGUUUCUGACCAGAACGCAAAUGUUAACGGAAAAUAUCGCGGGUGUUUGUCGGUAGUUACGCGGACGAUCUCACGAGCGUUAGACAUGAACAAAACUUGCGUCAGAUAUAUAUUUGUAGCUUAAGCUCGGUAUCGUUUACUCAGUCCACGGUACUGUCGGUCCUUGGACACAGCUGUCUGUGGUUUGGUCGAAAUGAACAUGAACCGGAGCAAACUGAAGAAAAAUAAGGUGACUCUCGGAGGACAGAAGAACAUCUCAUCGUUUUUCCCCUGUCAAAACCAAAAGGUUGAGUCGUGUUCAAAUAAGACAUCUGUCAGAGACGCAGCUUUAACCAAGACUGAACCUCAGAUCAAAGAUGAUGAGACCGCUCCAUGUAGACUUAACUCCCCUUUAAAAAGGUGCAUCCUUGGGGAACUUGAGAACCUGCAGCCCUCUCCCCCAGAUCUUCUCCUGUCUAUUCCAGAGACCCCCAACAGUCAGAUCGGGUGUUACUCCUCCUCUUCGUCCAAAGAGUCAACUCCACUGAGUCCGCUUUCCAGCAGAAACGUGGUGACCCUGGUGAAGAUCGACCAACCGUCCUCCACCUGUCUCAGUCCCAACUCCAAAGGGCUGAGUGUACGGAAGACAAAGAGGACAGAGGGAUGUUCUGCCUCCAUAAAAAGACUCUUCAGUCCUCCUGAAGAGUCUCACACUGCCAAGAGGCCAAGAACUGUGAUCAGCCCCCCAGGACCUACCCGAAAAGAACACGAGAAGACGCCUUGUUUCUCCAGUGACUGUUUACAGAGUCAGUCUGAGAAGAUAAAGGAAGAGAGUUGUCAUACUGAAGUUGUCCUCAAUGGCAGAGGGAACACAGCAACGUCACUGAAGCCUCAUCAGUAUUUGGAGAGACAAGGAAAACAUCAGGAAGAGAGAGAUGAAGCCCAAGUGCAAAUUGUCACGACUGCACCACAGGGAGUGUUGGAUCUAAACCAGAAAAAAGCCAUGACAUCACCGAAAGAAGACCAAGACAAGGUGUCAGCAUCCAAUCAGGAGCAAGCUGGAGAAGUGACGUCGACUUGUCCUGUGGACGAAUUGCUGGACGAGGGCUGGUUUACAGAGCACAUGGACGAUGAUGAAAGUCAAGUUGCUGCGGAGAAACCCAAAAAACCUCGGAAGGUGCCAGAUCAUGUGAUUCUCUCCGGAGGCCUCAACAACCGCUACUGGGUUUUGGGCGUGGAGGAGAAUCCUGGUCACAAAUCGCUGACCCUCUCGUGCCACAAGUCUCUACAGCCGACUGAGACGUGUCUGCUGAAGGACGGAUGGGAGAUGACGCCGGUGUGUUGUGGUGAUGUGGUGCACCUGGAGGGCCACUCUGAUGGUGGGUCCUGGUUAGUGGACAGGGAGCGUGGUUUCCUGGUUUUACUGCCCGAUAAUCUGAUCUCAGGAACCAGCAUCUCAAACUCCAUCCGCUGCAUGAGGCGUGCAGUUCUGAGUGAUAUGUUCAAGAGUUUUGACGGAGGCUCAAAGCAGAUGCUGAAUGGCACCAUGGUGCAUGACGUCUUUCAAAGAGCAGCCACAGCUAAAGAUUUUUCUCUGGCGACUCUGUCUAAGCUGGCGGACCAGGCCCUGCGCAGUCCUCAGUACAUGGGAGACAUGUACAGUCUGGGUGUGAGUCAGGACGAGAUGAAGCAGGAACUCUAUGAUUAUCUGCCCUCACUGGAACACUGGUCAAAGGAAUACCUCAACGGCCCAACACCAAAAUCUAUCAGUCUCAAAAUCCCCAGCAGCGGCAGAGUUCCAAGCAGAGACCAGAACUCUGCCACUGUUGUCACGGUUACAGAGCUUGCGGACAUUGAAGAGAACGUGUGGUCGCCAAGAUUUGGCCUGAAAGGGAAAAUUGAUGUCACGGCACGCGUUCGGAUCCAGGCGCCGAGAAACGGCAGAAACCACAGAGCUCCAGAGGAGAGGACUCUGCCCCUCGAGCUGAAAACGGGAAGAGAGUCAAACUCAGUAGAGCAUCGCAGUCAGGUGAUUCUGUACACUCUGAUGAGCAUGGAGAGAUACAACUCUGAGGCCGGCCUCCUGCUUUACCUCAAGACCGGCAACUUGCAUCCUGUAGUGGCCAGUCACAUGGACUACAGAGAGCUGCUGAAGCUGAGGAACACUUUGGUUCAUCACAUUCACCACUGUGUGAGCAAAGGAGCGAAGCCCAGCCGCCUGUCGAGACUCCCUGACAUCCUGACAAACAGACAAGCCUGCCAGUAUUGUCCUCAAAAGAUCAACUGUGCUUUAUAUGAGAGAGCGGUGGACGGCAGCGCUGCUGACGUCGACGAGGACGUCGUGCGUGACUUCCUGCAGCAGGAGACCGGUCACCUGACUCUAUCGCACCUGAGCUAUUUUUCCCACUGGCUUCUGCUCUGUUGCCUUGAGGCGGCGACCAUGGAGGCCAAGAAUGGGCGAAAGCGUGUGUGGCUUCAGACGGUUGAGGAGAGUGAGAAGAACGGGAGCUGCGUGGGGAAUCUGCAGCUCAGCGGCUCAGUGGUCGUCCAGUCUGCAGGAGUCUUCCUGCAUCACUUCCAGAGAGGCAACGUCACUCCACAGCGGGGAUUAUCUCACACUGGUCUCACCAGUGGAGAUCGCAUCGUCAUCAGCGACCAGGAAGGUCGGCUCGUCGGCUUGGCAACGGGUUACCUGUGUGAAGUCGGCAAGUCGCGGAUCAGCUGCACCCUGGACAGAGACUUGUCAAAGCUGAAUGCCGUGUUGUUUCGUUUGGACGGUGAUGAAGGUGUCAUCGGCCUCAGCACUCACCUCACUAAUGUCUCCAGACUGAUGGAAAACUCUCAGGACAGUGAUCGUCUGAGGGAGCUGGUUGUUGACCUUCGUCCUCCAGAGUUUAUCUCCAACCUCAGUGCUGUUCUGCCCCGAGAAGCCAAGGACACGGUGGCCAACAUCCUCAAAGGUCUCAACAAACCCCAGAAGCAGGCCAUGAAGAAGGUGCUGCUCUCCAAAGACUACACACUGAUCGUCGGAAUGCCCGGCACUGGCAAAACCACAACCAUCUGCACUCUGGUCCGCAUCCUCCAUGCGUGUGGGUUCAGUGUGUUACUGACCAGCUACACUCACUCUGCCGUCGACAACAUCCUGCUGAAGCUGAAGCGCUUCCGGGUCGGGUUUCUGCGUCUGGGUCAGGGACAGAAGGUGCAUCCAGAUAUUCUGCCUUACACGGAAGAAAAUGCCAGGAAAACAGGAGUUCACACUCCCACUGAGCUGGAGCAGCUUUAUAACAAGGAGUUGGUAGUGGGAACCACCUGCAUGGGCAUCAAACAUCCCCUUUUCACACGUCGGCGCUUCGAUUUCUGCAUCGUCGACGAGGCGUCACAGAUCAGCCAGCCGAUCUGCCUGGGGCCGCUGUUCUACGCCAAGAGAUUUGUGCUGGUCGGAGAUCACCAGCAACUGCCGCCAAUCGUGCAAAACCAGGAAGCAAGGUCUCUUGGGAUGGAUGAAAGUCUGUUUAAACGACUAGAGCUUCAUAAUGAAGCUGUCGUCCAACUGAAUGUUCAGUACCGCAUGAACCGGCAGAUCAUGUCUCUGAGUAACUCGCUGAUGUACGAAGGCCGGCUGGAGUGUGGAUCAGAGCGGACGGCCUCAGCCCUGCUCUCUCUGCCUUUCCUGACCUCUGUCCAGUCGGAGCUUAGUUCACACUCCCCUCACACUCAUCCACAGCAUGACCUGGCAUGGAUACACGCCACCCUGUCGCCUAGCAACCCUGUUUGCUUCCUCGAUUGCUCAAUGGUUCCAGCGCUGGAGUCGGUGGAGCAGGGAGGUGUUAGCAAUCACACUGAGGCUGCUCUUAUACACAAGCUGCUUUCACUGCUUCUAAAGGCGGGAUGUCGACCCAGUGAUGUAGGAGUUAUUGCUCCCUACAGACAACAGUUGAAGUGCAUCUCUGCUCUGCUGCAGUCGCCUGCCUUCACUGGCGUGGAGGUGAACACAGUGGACAAAUACCAGGGACGAGACAAGAGUCUAAUUGUGUUUUCGUUUGUCAGGAGCACAGCGGAGGAAGGACACUUGGGUGAGCUGUUGAAGGACUGGCGUCGCCUGAACGUAGCCAUCACCAGAGCCAAACACAAACUGGUCAUGGUGGGCUCGGCAACAACGCUGCGGCGCUACGCCCCUGUGGAGAAACUCCUCAACCAUCUUCAGCAAGAGAACAUGAUUGUUCAGCUCCCACCAGCUGCACAUAAGGCCGUACCCAGCAUGCACCUGUGACUGAAGACUUGACUUGAGCCAAGAUGGUGUUUUUCCUGUGUCACAACAGAGCAGACGGCAGAAGUGAGCAACUUCCAACAGGGCAGCAAUUCAGAACCAGCACGACAUGAUUUUUCAAUGUUUCAAUGUUGUUUUGAAUUGGUCGAGUUUAACUGGAGACACAAGCGACACUAAUCAUUACACUGCAUCUGACUCAUUUUUGCAGAUUGUUGGUUAUUUUUCAUUGUGUUGUAGUUUUUUGUGCCGACUAAAGGUGGAGAGAGACCUCAUGGACUGAAUCUAGAGACUGAACCUCAAAAAGGUGUCGCUCUGUUGAUUUAUCUUUAAUGCCACACACUUUGCAUUCCAGUUUUAAAAAAGUAUCUGUAAUUGUCUGACUGUGAAACACUGAAGAACGACGUAGACACACUAAAAACAUACAAGGCA